AUGUCCAGAAUUCUCGGGUCCCUUGCGCUUGCUACGUGGGCAGUGUCCGCUAUAGCAUCACCAGUCGCCGAGCCCGCCAUUACUGAGGCUCCAAGCCUUGCCAAAAGGGCUAGCAGCUGCACCUUCUCUGGAUCCACUGGUGCCGCGAGUGCGAGCAAGUCUCAAAAGUCAUGCUCAACUAUUGUCCUCUCGGAUGUUGCUGUGCCUUCCGGAACAACCCUCGAUCUCAGUGAUCUAGAGGAUGAGACUACUGUUAUCUUCGAGGGCGAGACAACUUGGGGAUACGAGGAAUGGGAUGGUCCUCUCCUCCAAAUCAAGGGCACUGGAAUCAACAUCCAGGGUGCCAGUGGCGCCAAGCUGAACCCCGACGGAUCCCGCUGGUGGGACGGAGAGGGAAGCAACGGUGGUGUGACGAAGCCCAAGUUCUUCUACGCCCACGAUCUUAGCUCGUCCACCAUUACCGAUCUCUAUAUUGAGAACACUCCCGUUCAGGCGGUCAGCAUCAACGGAUGUGAUGGAUUGACUAUCACUGAUAUGACCAUCAACAAUGAGGCUGGUGACUCCGCUGGCGGUCACAACACCGACGGCUUCGAUAUUGGCUCUAGCAGCAAUGUAGUCAUCUCCGGUGCCACUGUCUACAACCAAGACGACUGUGUUGCAGUCAACUCUGGUACCGAUAUCACUUUCGAGAACGGUGUUUGCUCUGGUGGCCACGGUCUUUCCAUUGGAUCUGUCGGUGGAAGAUCGGACAACACCGUUGAGACUGUCACCUUCAAGGGAUCUACAGUCAAGAACUCUGUUAACGGUAUUCGCAUCAAGGCUAUUGAAGAUGAGACCGGAACAAUCAAGAGUGUGACAUACAGCGACAUCACCCUGAGCUCCAUUUCCGACUACGGAAUUCUCAUCGAGCAGAACUAUGAUGGUGGUGACCUCGACGGCGGCACCCCUUCCACCGGUAUCCCUAUCACUGAUCUCACUAUUGAGAAUAUCACCGGAACUGAUGCUGUCGACUCCGACGGAUAUAACAUUGUAAUUGAAUGCGGUGACGGAUCUUGCUCCGACUGGACCUGGUCUGAUGUGACUGUUACUGGUGGCAAGACGUACAGCUGCGAGAAUGUUCCUAGCGGUGCUAGCUGCUCCUAA